CCCGGGGUCGUGGCCGAGUCGCGGUGUGGAGGGUUCGAGUCCCACCUCCCAACUCGCCUCCAGCCCCUGAGCCCGGGGCGGCGCUCAUUCGCCAGUUAACCUCCCCGCGCGAGGGGCGGUGGCACACCUUGGGCUUCACCAUGGAGGACUAUCUGCAGGGUUGUCGAGUUGCUCUGCAGGAGUCCCGACCCAUACAUGUUGUGCUGGGAAAUGAAGCCUGUGACUUGGACUCCAUGGUGUCAGCUCUCGCCCUGGCUUUUUAUCUGGCAAAGACAACUGAGGCUGAAGAAGUCUUUGUGCCAGUUUUAAAUAUAAAACGUUCUGAGCUACCUCUACGAGGUGACAAUGUCUUCUUCCUUCAGAAGACUCACAUUCCAGAGUCCCUCUUGAUUUUCCGGGAUGAGAUUGACCUCCAUGCAUUGCAGCAGGCUGGCCAGCUCACCCUCAUCCUUGUUGACCAUCAUGUCUUACCCAAAAGUGACGCAGCCUUAGAGGAGGCAGUAGCAGAGGUGCUAGACCAUCGGCCCAUCGAUCAGAAACGCUGCCCUCCCUGCCAUGUUUCAGUUGAGCUGGUGGGGUCCUGCGCUACCCUGGUGGCCGAGAGAAUCCUGCAGGGGGCACCAGAGAUCUUGGACAGGCAAACUGCAGCCCUUCUUCAUGGAGCAAUCAUCCUAGACUGUGUGAACAUGGACCUUAAAAUUGGAAAGGCAACCCUAAAGGACAAACGACAUGUAGAGAAACUAGAGGCCCUCUUCCCAGAUCUGCCCAACAGAAAUGAUAUUUUUGAUUCUCUGCAAAAGGCAAAGUUUGACGUAUCAGGACUGACCACAGAGCAGAUGCUGAGAAAGGACCAGAAGACCAUCUCCAGACAAGGCAGCAAGGUGGCCAUUAGUGCAAUAUAUAUGGAUUUGGAGGCCUUUCUGCAGAGGUCUGGCCUCAUUGCAGAUCUCCACGCCUUCUGCCAGGCUCACAGCUACGAUGCCCUGGUCGCCAUGACUAUCUUUUUCAACACUUACAAUGAGCCAGUGCGGCAGUUGGCAGUUUUCUGUCCCCACACAGCACUCCGAGUGACGGUCUGUGGAGCCCUGGAACGCUCUCACUCUCCGUCCCUGAAGCUGACCCCUGCCCCAAGCAUCCACCCUAACCUCCAAGCCUAUCUUCAAGGCAACACCCAGGUCUCUCGAAAGAAACUUCUGCCUCUGCUCCAGGAAGCCCUGUCAGCAUAUUUUGACUCCACGAACAUCGCUUCAGGACAGCCUGAGACAGAGGGUGUGUCCAGGGAGCAGGUAGACAAGGAAUUGGACAGGGCAGGUAACUCCCUGAUUCCUGGACUGAGUCAAGAUGAGGAGGAGCCUCCACUGCCCCCCACACCCAUGAACAGCCUGGUGGAUGAGUGCCCUCUGGAUCAGGGGCUGCCGAAAUUCUCAGCCGAGGUCAUCUUUGAGAAAUGUAGUCAGAUCUCACUGUCAGAAUCUACCACUGCCUCCCGGUCCAAGAAAUGACUGUUGGGAGGGGAGGGGGAAGUGAGAGAGGUUGCUUGAACCACCCUGAAUGCAUGUUUUGAGAUGUUUCAGCAAUUUUGUCUUCAUUGUUCCAGGAUCUGGUAUACUGUUCUCAUAAACCUAGGAGGAGAAAGAAGUAAAAGAAAGCUGAGCUGGCUUUCUACCUUUUCCCCACAGUCUCUACCAAUCAAACAAAUUUUAUUAUUUAAUUCAACUCUUUAAAUCUGCUCUGACUCUCCUCUAUUUCAUUUGCCAGGGUCAUGAUGUGAUAAUAUACACAGUUCCAGCGGAGUGGCACAGAAAGAAUGUGUACCCCAAAAGUGCCCUAAGUCAGGCUUUUUAACAGAACCAGUAUUUCUUAUGGAACCAAACAUUCAUUGUCUCCAGUGUUCAUUAAUUCUCCUAUGAAUUUAAGUAUUUAUUGAACACAAUAACCUACUUUUAGCUUCUUCCAGUUUUUAGCCUUUAGUUGAUUUUCACCUCCAAGACUCCUCUUUCUGUCCCCAAUUAGGUGAUGGUGUCUGAUUCCCAGUUUGCUAAAUUUCUAUUCUGAGCUUAUUGUGACUGUUUCGGGAUUGUUUGGGAGCAGAUUGGAGGCCAUUAUCUUCUGUCCUGAUCAGCUGGCCUGACUCAGUUUCUUUGGAUCCCUCUGACUCAGAGCCACAGGGACCCUGAAUAUACUCAGAAGACCCAUGGUUCUUGAGAGUUCAGGAGACACCUGGGAAAGCCUUAAGACCUCAUGGGCACUCUUCGCAAAAGACAGUAGAACUACAAUGAGACCCCUGGCUCUGUCGAUUUCUUAUCCAUCUCAUUUUCUCCUUGGGCAUAGUAGAAGGAAACAUGGAGUUCAUACCGAGUGCCAUAAACUGUGUGUCUUUUGUCCACACACUCACUCCUCUAGAUCUCAUUUCCCCAUCUGCAAAACUGAUGUUCCCUGGUUUCUGUGAUCUGCCUGUUGCCACACCAUCCUUUCUUGCCUCUGCUUCUCUGGUUUUUUGUUUGUUUCUUUGUUUCUGUUUCCCUGGGAAUGCUCAGGGUCACUGAAUUGUCUAUUUGUGAUUGUACCAAGGUACUCAGCCUCAUGUAGCAUAUACAGGGGUAUGAUUCAUACCAUAGUGACCCAGCAAAGAGCUCCCUUCCACUGACUUGUUCUGCAUGUGUAGAGUCUCCCUUUUCUCUUCAGACCAACCUGUUCCCCCUUUUUCUACCCCACAGCUCUGUUCCCUGUAAGUUUUCAACAGUUUCGCUGAACAGUGGGGUAUGUGGUUUUGGCAUGAUGUCUUUAUAUGAGGGAAACUGACUUCACUUUGAGGGGAUGUUUGUAGCCAUUGGAAGGUAAAAUAGUGACGUGAUUACUGAACCAAAGGAAUUAUGUUUUGUAACUUGGGUACUUUUAUUUUGCAUUUUGUUAAAGUAUUAAAUACUUUUUUCCUGUU